GAAAACCCGCAGGCCAGCCCAGGGCUCAUGUGCACUCUCUCUCUCUCUCUCUCUCUCUCUCUCUGGUUCCCGUGUUACACACCUGAGGUUGGACUUCUCGUUCCUGUUCCGAGGACUUUGGAGCUCGAAAGAGAAACCUGCUAUUUCUUCCCUUGCACUUUUGAAUUUCCAAAGCAGCUACAGAAAGUGUCAGAGCCUAAAGAAGACAGACUUGCCAGGACUUAAGAGAGGCCAGAAGCUUCCCACUUGCCUAUGGCUAGAACAGGAUUUUGUGCCGCAGCAUGGGACAUCCUGCCAGCAAGGAGUGUACAGUUUGUGUGUAAUAUGAUUAAACAGAAGUGAAUGUUGACAGCAUCUCUACAUCAUGAACAAACAGCAGAGUGUGUCUGCUGUUACUGCCCCAGGAUAUGUCCACGCCGUCCAGCCUACCUAUGCUGUGGCCUCUGGAAGCCAGGAGAAGCCUUUGGAAAUGACCACUUACCCGGCACCAGCAACCAUGCUUCAGCGCGAUACAGGGAGUGCAAACUUACAGAACCCGCUCAUUGUGAUCCAGAACCCAGCUGGAAUGACAGGCCUGCAGGCCCAGCCCGCUGUGCCCCAGUAUCCAGUGGGAAUGGCUGGUGUGCAGGCUCCACCAGGAGUGAUCCAGUACUCACCAGAAAUAACAAGUGCCCAGGUCCUGCCUGGAGACCCUCAGAAUCCCCUGAACACUGUCCCGGGGCCAACACAGACCUCAAGCUAUCCCCAGUGGAACAUGUCCUUUAUGUCUUUUACUGAAUUUAAUCCCAAGAAAUUCAUUAACGAAGAGGUCAGAACUUUAGGGGCUAUCCAGAUCCUCAUUGGCCUGUUUCAUAUUGCCUCUGCAGCCAACCCUCAACUAUACUGGACCAGUUCUCUGCUGGGGCCAUCAGGGUACCUGGUCUGGGGAGGACUGUCUUUUAUCAUCUCUGGAUCCCUCUCAGUCUGCGCUGAAAAGGCUGCCAACAGUUGCAUGGUGAAUGCCAGCAUCGGCAUGAAUGUCGUCAGCUCCAUCUUCUCCCUUCUUGGUAUCAUCAUUAUCAUUAUGGAUCUGUGUCUUUUCUACUCGCAAAAUGUUUCGCUGAUGAGUUGUUUGAAAGCGAUCUCUGGGGCUCUCCUCCCCUUCAUCCUCCUGGAAUUCAUCAUCACCUGUACGGUCUCACAUUUUGGGUGCCAGGCUGUCUGCUGGGCCCAUUUUGAGAACAUGACUCUGAUCUCACCUAUAUUCAGUAGCAACACAGUCAACACGACCAAUGGACCUAUCAAUACAACCAAUGGACCAGUCAACUCAACCAAUGGACUGGUCAACAUGACCAAUGGACCUGUCAAUACAACCAAUGGACCAGUCAACACGACCAAUGGACCAGUCAACUCAACCAAUGGACCAGUCAACAUGACCAAUGGACCAGUCAACUCAACCAAUGGACCAGUCAACACGACCAAUGAACCUGUCAAUACCACCAGCCCACACAGUGCCACCAACAUCCCAGUCCAGCCCAAUAAUGCUUUCCCUGAACACUUAUACAAAAAUGGAGCUGAUCUUGCCCAGAAAUAGCUGAUGGAAUGCCCAUUUCAAUGACACAGAAGUACCAAAAGUACCUUUGCUUCCACAUGAAACACCUGAGACCUUGACCAUGUCAUAACCACUAGGCCAAAAAAAACACCCAUAUUUCCCCCUCUUCACUCUUAAGCUUCCAUUUUGUAUGUUAUUAACGCUAUUUUUAAUAAAUAAAUGUUUCCCCUUGA